CCCGAAUAUUGCGGUCAAACGCGCACGCACUCGGGUCGCGCGCUCCGCCGCUUCACAUAUACCGCGACUGCGACGCGUUGCAUAUACCGGUUACCGGAGCUCCGGCGCCGCGCCGCCGCCGUUUAAUCGCGCUCGCUCGCUCACACACACACAUACACCCACGUACACAUCCACACACACGCGCGCGCGAGCGUGUACGGCGUAUGUACUGUAAACGCAUUUAUAGUUGCGGUACCGCGUUUGUAUAGUGCGCGCGGCGACGUCGUUAGGUAGUGUAGUCGCGCCGACGGUCGGGUUUGUACCGUCGUCCUCGCCGACGAUAAUAGACAUAAUAAUAUUAUUGUUAUUAUUCCUAUUAAAAUACUUCCGUUAUUAACAAUAUAUAAACACAUAGAUACCCGCCGACGAGAAACGCGGUCGUCAACACGUGGCUUUUUUUUCCGUUAAGCAUAAUAUUUUAUCGCCUUUAUUACCGCCGUCCGAUCAUCGCAGUGCGUUUCGUAAAUAAUUCAACGUAAAAUACACGCGCGGGCACAGCGACCACCACGACCGACGACGGACGAGCGAUUCACGAGCGCGGCGGUGUCGAGGGAUCGCGGACGGAAGGAAGCGAAAAAAAAGAGCGGGAAACGCGGUCGUAAAAGUAUAAUAAAAAAAAAAAAAAAAAAAAAAACACUACACUACACUACGACCACGGAAGGUGCACCGCCACUGCCACCGCCACCGCUACCGCUGCCACCGCUGCCGCCCGUCACUCGCCAGCGCUGUCGAAAGUUUGUUUGUAUUUUUUUUUCGUUUCGUUUUUUUUUUCGACGGCGCGUCCGUGUUUUUUCCCCUCUACUACCCGUCGGCCGACUGACGGCCUUGAACUGUUCCGCGAUCUACCGCCGCCACGUUUUUAAAUCACCCCGUUGUUGACGGCGACGUGACAAAGAGCCUGAUCCGUUACGUAUUUAUCGAGUGCGACGACCGCGGAAGACCGCCGUGGCGGGAUGGUGGUCAAGGGUGCCCAGAUGACCGGCGGCGGGGGCGGUGCCGCCGCGCCCGGUUCAGGGGCCGCCGACGACGGCCUGUCGGACGCGUACGCCAAGAUGACCGCCGACAUACUGGCCGAACGGUCGCUGGGCGAUUUCCUGUCCGAACACCCCGGCGAGCUGGUGCGCACCGGCAGCCCGUUCCUGGUGUGCACCAUACUGCCCACGCACUGGCGAUCCAACAAGACGCUGCCGGUGGCGUUCAAGGUGGUUGCGCUCGGCGAGGUGCCGGACGGCACGGCCGUGACCAUACGAGCGGGCAACGACGAGAACUUUUGCGCAGAGCUGCGCAACUGCACCGCCCUCAUGAAGAACCAGGUGGCCAAGUUCAACGAUUUGCGGUUCGUUGGCAGGAGCGGAAGAGGCAAGAGUUUUACGUUGACCAUAACUGUGAGCUGUUCGCCCCCACAAGUUACCACUUACAAUAAAGCCAUAAAAGUCACCGUGGACGGACCUAGGGAACCACGUUCCAAAACACGGCAACAGCAACAGUUCCAUGCCUUUGCGUUUGGCCAAAGACCGUUUUUAUCGACGCACUUCGCUAAUCCAUUGGAUCCACUGCACAGGACUGCCGAUCCACUUGCUUUCCGCAUGCCAGCCAUGGCAAAUUGUCAAAACAUGGGCCAGUUCGCGCCCCAUCACUCAUGGGGAUACUCUCAUUCGACAGCGUACUCGACUUGGCCCGGCGGAGGCGGAUGUACAAACUUCACGCCGCCUGCGCUCGCCACCGGCUUCACCGGCACCGUUGCCGCGUCCGAACUUCACACCUCCCUGUCGGCGGGACAUCAACAUGACUUGUUCACGACGUGCACGGUCAAUGCGCAGACAACAGCCGCCGUGAUGCCACCGUUUGCGGACACGACCGGCACGACCGUCAACGGUACGAGCGACCUGGAGCACCAGCUGCUGCUGUCGUCGUCGACGUCCAACUGCCACCAGCAACACGACCGGUCCGGGUUCCCGACGGUCAGGGGAUAUCAGCAACAGCAGUCGGCCGUCAACGACCUGGCGAUGCAGCCGCCACCGGCGCCGGAUCUGCACCCGUCCACGUCGUCGGGUCCCCGGUCGACCGACUCGUCGGCGCCCGACUCACCGACAGGGCCCGUCGGGUCCACGGACGACAUGAUGGCCAUCGGACACGCGCACGGUUACGACCAGCUGGGCGGCGGCGGUUACCACGGCGGCGGCGGCGGCGGUCACCCGACCACCGGCAUGCAGAUACCGGCGUCGCUGCAACUCUACUCGCAGCUGUACCACGCGUCCGCGGCCGGAAACAUGACCACCAGACACCAUCACCAUCAUCACCAUUACCACCAACCCGGCGACGACGGUGGCGGUGGCGGUGACGACGAUCAUCUGCAGGUCGCCGGCGCCACCCAGAGGCCGACCCAACAGGCCGUGGCCGCGGCCGACCACUCGGCUGUCUGGAGACCUUACUGAGUGGAUAUGGCGACACGACGAUCGGCCGCGGAUCCGCUUAGCCUAUGUUAUAUAAUAUAAUGUAUGCCCUCCUGAACUAUAAUUUUGAUUACGAUGUAUUUGAUAUAAUAAUAUAUUAUAAUGCGUAUUAUGAUGUCACAGACGAAACUGUUUAGAUUAAAAAUUACUAAAAUUACUACUCGUAAUGUUAUAGUACGUACAUAAGAUAAUAAUAAUUAUUGUACACGAUUAUUAAGACUAUAUUCCUAGAUCAAUAGAUCAUGUUUGUAUUAUUAUUAUUAUUAUUAUUAUUAUUACUAUUAUUAC